AUGGACAUCGGGCCUGUGCCAUGGCUGGGCCCUCUGCUCCUGGUUUCCCUCUGGGUGUCCUCAGCUCCAGCUUCCCUCCUUCGGCGCCUUGGUGAGCACAUCCUGAGGUUUCAGGAGAGCUCAGCCUUGGGCCUGGGGCUGGGCCCAGAUUCUGUGACCCUCCCAAAAGAGGGGUGGUUGGAGCAGCCACUGGACCCCUUCAAUGCCUCUGACAGACGCUCCUUCCUGCAGCGGUACUGGGUAAAUGACCAACAUUGGACCAGCCAGGAUGGACCUGUGUUCCUGCAUCUGGGAGGUGAAGGCAGCCUUGGACCUGGUUCAGUGAUGAGAGGGCACCCUGCAAAUCUGGCCCCAAUCUGGGGGGCCCUGGUGAUAAGUCUGGAGCAUCGAUUUUAUGGCCUGAGUAUACCUGCCGAGGGGCUGGACAUGGCCCAGCUCCGCUUCUUGUCCAGCCGCCAUGCGCUGGCGGAUGCGGCCUCUGCUCGCCUCACACUCUCCCGCCUCUUCAACGUCUCCUCCACCAGCCCCUGGAUCUGCUUCGGAGGUUCCUAUGCUGGCUCCCUGGCUGCCUGGGCCCGGCUGAAGUUUCCCCAUCUAUUUUUUGCUUCCAUCGCCUCUUCCGCUCCGGUGCGGGCCACACUGGAUUUCUCCAAGUAUAACGACGUGGUGUCUAGAAGCCUAAUGAACACUGCGAUUGGCGGAUCCCUGGAGUGCCGGGCGGCGGCGUCCGCAGCCUUUGCGGAGGUGGAGCGGCGGCUGCGCGCGAGCCGUGGGGCUCGGGCAGCGCUGAGCGUGGAGCUUGGAGCGUGCGGGUCCCUGGAGCGCGCUGAGGACCAGGCAGAGCUUCUGGGGGCGCUGCAGGCACUCGUGGGAGGUGCGGUGCAGUACGAUGGGCAAGCUGGAGCGCCGCUGAGUGUGCGACAGCUCUGCAGAUUCCUGCUCGGGGAUCGGGGCAACUGCGGGGGCAACUGCAGCGGCCCUGCACCCUACCGCGGGCUUCGUCGGGCAGUGCAGGUUGUCACACACGACCUGGGUCAGAGGUGUUUAAGCAUUUCUCGGGCAGAGACAGUGGCACAGCUGAGGGUCACAGAACUCCAAGUGUCCAGCGUGGGUGACCGGCAGUGGUUGUACCAAACUUGUACCGAGUUCGGCUACUACGUCACCUGUGAGGUCCCCGGGUGCCCUUUCUCCCAGCUCCCAGCUCUGCCCUCCGAGCUUGAGCUAUGUGAACAGGUGUUUGGGCUUUCAACCUCAUCUGUAGCCCAGGCUGUGGCCCAGACCAACUCCUAUUAUGGUGGCCAGACCCCAGGGGCCACCCAAGUGCUGUUUGUUAAUGGGGAUACAGAUCCCUGGCAUGUGCUAAGUGUAACACAGCCUUUGGGACCCUCCGAGCCAGCCCUUCUCAUCCCUAGUGCCUCUCAUUGCUUGGACAUGGCACCUGAGAGACCCUCAGAUUCCCCUGGCCUCCGCCUUGCGCGACAGAAAAUCUCCCAGCAGCUGCAGACCUGGCUUGGGCUGGCAAAGGAGAGCCAGGUUAGGGGUGCUGUCUGA